AUGAAGCCGCGGGAAGGGUCCGGAUCGGGGUCCGGAUCGGGGUCCGGAUCGGGGUCGGGGUCCAGGUCGGGGUCGGGGUCCGGGUCCGGGUCGGGGUCGGGGUCGGGGUCGGGGCUGGAGCCGCCCAGCUACGCCGGGGAGCGGAGCCGGAGCCGGGCCCGCCUGCUGCUCAGCGCCCGGCAGCACCAGCGCUGGGUCCGCGUCGCCACGGUCUGCGCCUAUUUCCUCUGCGUGUCGCUGGCGGCCGUCCUGCUGGUCAUCUACUACGGCUUCGUCUGGGAGCCCAGACCCCCCGCCCCGUCCCCCGCCCCGUCCCCCGCCGGCCCGGGCCCGCUCGGCGCCGCCGGACCCUGCGACGCACGCUGCGCCGGGCCCGGGACCGGCCCGGACCCCGGCGCGGGCCCGGACUCGCACCCCGACCCCGACCCCGACCCCGACCCCGACCCCGACCCGGGGAGGAACCGCAGCGGCGGGAGAAGAGCGUCCGGCCGCGGCCUGCGAGGUCCAGGAGUGAGGGGCCCCGCGCUGCGCCCCCGGGACCGAGGGACCUUGUGACAUCCCCCCACCCGCGAUGGGGGGGGCCGCCCCCGCGUCUCCUCGGGACUGGACGCCCCUCCUCCGCACCCCCUCCCCUCCCCCCCCGGGUGCCCCCAUCCCCCGUCUCUGCGUUCCCCCUCUGUGACCCCGGGGGAAUGGAGACCGGCCCCCCUCGGGCCCGGGCGUCCCGGGGUUGGCCGCCCUUCUACCCCCUCCUCCGAGAUUGAGCUCCCUCCCCCGGGACCGGCUGCCGCUCUGCCCCCGACAUUGCGUUUCC